AUGCCGCACAGGAACAUCAUCUCGUGGAACACGGUGAUCUCCGGCCUCGCCGGCCGCUGCUCCGGAGGCGGCGGCGGCGCCGCCCCCUGCUUCUCCAUCCUCAGAAAGAUGAUGAUGGAAAUGGCGAGACCCGAUCACGUAACCUUCUUGGGUGUCCUCCGUUAUUGCGCCCAAUGGGACCGCGCCAGCCAUGGCGAGCAAGUCCACUGCCUCAUCGUGAAGCUCGGCUACUCUUCCCAGAAACUCCUCUCGAGCGCCAUGGUGGAUAUGUACGCCAAGCUCGGGCUGACCGGUCACGCUCGUUCUCUGUUCGAUGAAAUGCCCAUCCGAGACCUGGUCUCCUGGAACGUGAUGAUCUCCUGCUACGCUCUGAACCGCCUCUGCGGAGAAGCAUUCCAAAUCUUCCAGCUGAUGAGAUCAGAAGGGCUGCGAGGAGAUCUGUAUACCUUCAGCGGCUUGCUGAACGCCUCCAGUUCAUCGGGAUGCCUCGAGCUGGGCGAGCAGGUCCACGGCCUCGUCGCCAAGACGUCGCCUUCCUCCGACGCCGUGCUCCGCGGCGCCGUCGUCGACAUGUACGCCAAGUGCGGGGACAUGGCCGCCGCCCUUAAGUCCCUCCACUCGGCGGACGAUGAGAGCUUGGUGGCGUGGAACUCGAUCAUCGCCGGCAGCGGCGGCGCCACCGGCGUGAAGUUUCUCAGGCUGAUGCUCCGGCGGGCGGUGGACCCAGAUGAGGUGACUCUCUCCAGCCUUCUCAGCUCCAGCGGUGGAUCAGCCAGGGCCAGCGAGGUCCUGCAACUCCACAGCCAAAUGGUGAAGCGCCGGUUAGAAUUUUUCCUCUCCACCGGCAACGCCCUCAUCGGGGCAUACGCCAAGUGCGGCCGCAUCGACGACGCCUUUCUCGCCUUUUCUCUGAUACCCAUCUCCGAUCUGAUAUCCUGGACAACGAUCAUCUCCGCCUGCGCCCUCCACGGCCGCGGCAGAGAAGCCCUGCAAAUUUUCGAGAAGAUGCUGAUGACAGGAGUGAGACCCGACUGGCUCGUGUUCCUGGAGGUCCUCUCUGCCUGCUCUCACUCCGGGCUGGUAGAGGAAGGUCUCUGCUUCUUCGUUUCCAUGGUGAAGGAGCAUCAGAUAGAGCUGAGGUCUGAGCAUUACACUUGCCUGGUCGAUCUUCUCGGCAGGGCCGGCCUUCUCCAUGACGCUGGUCGUCUCCUGAGUAGCGUACUCUCCGCAGACAAUGCUGCCAGCCAUCUGGGGGCCUUCCUCGGCGCCUGCAGGCAACACGGCAACUCGAGGUUGGCGGAGAGGGCGGCUGGCUUGCUCCUCAGGCUGAGAUCAGAUGAUCCUGUGGAUUACUUGGCCAUGGGUAGCAUCUACGCUGCACGAGGAUGUUGGGAUGGUGCAGAGACAGCGAGGAAAAUGAUGAGCAUAUGUGGAAAGAAAUCUCCCGGUCGAAGCUGGGUGGAGUAG